CAACGCGAAACCUGCCAAAAGCAAAAGGUUCCAGACGUUGGUUCGGGAGGUCUCCUCUCUAUCCCUCUCAUGUCGCUGUUUUCUUGCUGCUUUCCCGGUCUCGACUUAGCAACUGCAUAGCGAUGCCAAUUGCUGUUCUUGCGAAACCUCUUGCGUCAUCGGUUACUACUCCGGCCUCCGCUCCAACGAGAGUCGAGGCCCCUGCAGCCUACGCCUCUAGUGCGAAUCGCAAUACAAGGGUAAAUCCCACCGGCGGGGGGACCGUCGAUUGUUGCGAACCACCCAUCUUGACGAGUCCGCAUCGCCUUCAUCCAACAUGGGCGUUCUGGGGCUGCGAGACCGCAGGGACUCCCAGCUGUCCCGCCAUCGACCCUUCUCUAGUGACAAUGUCGCCACGGAUGUGAUUGAUGCCCUUGCGGAACCCAGUAGCCCUCCUCGAACGUUAGGUUCGGAACCCGUCGUCGCGGAUGGGACGAGUUAUAGGACACCAAGCCGUUCCUUUCACCAUCGCUCGUUCAUUAAUUCCUCAGACCCGGCCCAUUAUUCCUCCCAUGGUGUUCGAGAACAAACGGCUGAGCUAGCCUCCCUCGCCUUGGCCCGGGAACCGAGAAAUCUACGAACAGCUAUGGAUGUUUUUCAAUCUGCUCAGAGCGCCAGUAAUUCCGUUGUUUCUUCAUCGCCAGACCGGCAUUCAACCUCCUCAGAUGGGGUAGAGGGAUUAGAUCGUGGAUUGGUGGCUCCUCCAACUGGAUCGUCAGUUUUGACGGCUAUGAUUCGCGACCCUGAGUCUGGUCUCGAUCGGAACCGCGGCAGGAGUACAGUGAAGCAGAACGAGCUGAGUGAGCCUACAGCCUCUCCAGGCCCUUCUGCUCUGGGUGAUGCGGAACAAGAGGAUUCGGGCACGGAGCGGACGCCCUUAAUUUCUAGGUCGCCAAGGCCGGAACCUCCCAGGAACUACGGAAUAGCUCGGGAUGUCGAAGGACAGAUGUUCACACAAAAGGAAUCGUCUAGAGCACUACCCAGAGCGCUUUCGAAGAUCUCAUCAUCCUUCCGAACACUCGGCCAUCCAAAGUCUUGGAACGGACGAGCUGUGUGGCGGCAUGGAAUCGUGUAUCCAGCGAGCCUGCUGCCUUCGGUAUUUCUCGGUCUUUUACUCAACGUGCUCGAUGCUCUAUCCUAUGGUAUGAUCUUGUUUCCAUUGGGUGAAUCAAUUUUCUCGGACCUGGGGUCGGACGGCAUCUCGAUGUAUUAUGUCAGUACAAUCAUUUCACAGCUGGUCUUCUCGUGCGGAGGGUCAAUUUUCCGUGGAGGUGUUGGAAGCGAGAUGAUUGAGGUCGUCCCUUUCUUCCAUCAGAUGGCGUACACGAUCCUGAAUCGUGUUGGUGCCGACAAUCCGCAGGCCGUGAUAGCCACCACGAUUCUAUCCUUUUCCGUCAGCUCCAUCCUCACUGGGUUGGUGUUUUUCUUGAUGGGGACUUGCAAGGUUGGAUCUCUUAUCGGAUUUUUCCCCAGACACAUUCUGAUCGGCUGUAUCGGUGGUGUGGGCUUCUUCCUGAUCCUGACAGGUCUCGAGGUCUCGGCUCGAUUGUCUGGGUCGUUUGAAUUUAAUCUUGCAACACUUCACACCCUUUUCCAGCUAAGCACAAUCGCUCUUUGGACUGUACCUUUGGUACUGGCAAUUGGACUUCUAGUGUUGAGACGUUUCAUCAGGUCUAAUUAUCUGGUUGGCGCCUAUUUCAUAGCCAUCACCGUCGUCUUUUACAUCGUCAAGUUCAGCAUUCAUGUUUCGAUGGAUGUUUUGCGGAACAGCGGCUGGGUCUUUGCAGCUCCUUCGUCUUCGCAUCCGUGGUACCAUUUCUAUACGCUUUACGACUUUUCCGUUGUUGACUGGUCUGCGUUUGUUGACACUAUUCCCGCGAUGUUCGCCCUCACAUUUUUUGGAGUCCUCCAUGUACCCAUCAACGUUCCAGCAUUGGGUAUUUCUACCGGAGAGGAUAAUUUGAACGUCGACCGUGAGCUCAUAGCUCACGGUGUCACGAAUGCUCUGUCUGGGCUGGCAGGAAGUGUACAGAAUUAUCUUGUAUAUACCAAUAGCUUGCUUUUCAUUGCCAGCGGGGGUAAUUCUCGUCUGGCUGGAAUCAUGCUUGCAGCAGCCACUGGAGGAAUUCUCCUUGUGGGUCCAGUUAUCAUUGGAUAUAUUCCCAUCAUGGUUGUUGGAGCUCUUAUUUUCCUACUAGGAAUUGAGUUGAUGGAGGAAGCCCUGGUCGACACGUGGGGAAAGCUGCACCGACACGAGUAUUUGACUGUUGUUAUUAUUGUCGCGACGAUGGGCAUUUGGGAUUUUGUCAUUGGUAUCUUUGUUGGUAUUCUUUUGGCUUGCUUGAGCUUCGUCGUCCAAACGUCACGCAAAUCCGCCAUCCGGGCAACCUACUCGGGCAAAAUUACAGGGUCUACAGUUCGACGACCUCCAAUUCAGCAUCGCUUCCUGAAAGAGGCAGGGCAACAAACCCUGAUUCUCAAGCUUGGUGGCUAUCUCUUCUUUGGGACGAUUGUGAACGUGGAGAAUACCAUGCGAGGACUCAUCGAGGAGGAAGCAUUCACCCGACUUCCGAUCAGGUUCAUCAUUUUGGAUUUUGCUAGGGUCUAUGGUAUCGACUUCUCUGCAGCAGAGGCUUUCACUCGCAUCAACCGCAUUCUGAGCAAGAGAAAUGUGCAGAUGACGAUCUCUGGUCUAGACGUGGAAGGGGAUGUUGGAAGAAGCCUGCAGAACGUUGGAUUGUUCGAGCCAAAGCUUGGAGUCCAAAUAUUCGAGGAUUUGAACUCCGCAUUGGAAUACUGCGAGAACGACUAUCUCAAGGUGUUCUAUAGCCACCGCGAAGCACUACUGAAGCACAAAAACGCCGGCUCCCCAAAUCUAGAGGUGCCGGUAUCCCAGCACCAGCCUCAGUCAUCUGAAGGGGUUGUGGGUUCCCCCCGCCACCAGUAUCUGCAAAGAGCCGCUACUACGACGCUUCACGAGAACGAAACGGCAGUGAUCAUUCCAGCUGCCUGGUCCGCUAUGCGACAGCCACUACCUCUGCUCUUACAGACAUUCCAGGGCCUGACAUCGCGGAACGAGGAUUUCUGGUUCCCUGCGUGUUCGUAUUUCAUCCGCGACAAAUACGCGGCAGGGACUGUUCUGUUCCAAGAAGGCGAUCUCCCCAACGCAUUCUACUUACUGGAGUCGGGCAUAUUACGUGCGGAAUAUGAGCUGCCUCAAGGCCGGUACUUUGAGCUAAUCGUGGCCGGCCGACCCUGCGGAGAGCUGCCUUUCUUCAGUGAAACCCGACGCACCGCAACGGUGAAGGCUGAACAAGACUGCGUAACAUGGAGCCUUAAUGCGGAGAAAUGGACUGCGCUACAAGAGCAGGAGCCAGAGAUUGCGCGCGAGCUGUUGACCGUGAGUUUGAAGUUGACUACCGAACGGAUGGAUAGCAUUACUUCUUAUGUUCUUAUGAUGGCGGCAUGAUGAUGAGAUCAGUAUAUCAUUUUGACACAUAUACCGAAUUUGUUGCAUUUUGGGGUUUGUUUUGAUUUCUGCGGAUUGAAUUUUUCCUCAAUAGUUAGUUAGUUAGUUAAUAACAGGUGAUGUCUAAGCAUGUUCAGAAUGCAAUGUCAGUCCUUGUCCAGAUACAUAAUGGAACAUAAUGGAACGGAUGAACCAGUGCAGUCUUGCUUUGGAGAUCUCCUUUGAAA